UCGGUAGCAAAGACCAUGGCACACUAUAAAAAGGCGCGAUGCGUGGCACAGUCCAAGGAGAUAGCAUUUGCAGACCUCAACAUGAAGUUCACAUUAUUUGCCCUGUUCGCAGCCGUCUGCGUGCUCAGUGUCAAUGCUGGCACCUGGCAGCCGUUGAUGAUGGCGCCGGAUACGGGUUUACAAUACGAGCCUAGCGAUUUUGCUGAUAUCGAUGGGGAGACCUUCGAUCCGGAGGUGUUCGGCAUCUUCUCGGCCACGUGGUGGGCCAUUAAGGCGGCUUUGCGCAGCGUUAAGGGCUUCAACUGUAUACUCAAGUGGGUUGUGGGCAUCAAGGCCAGCGCUCUGCAGUACAAUGCCGAUAUCAUUGCCUGCGGCGUCGAUGCCAGCCAGGAUGUGACCAAUCUGAUCAAUGCCAACCUGAAAAUCAUCAGCACCGCCAACAACAUCAUCAACCUGAAGUCGAACAUUUGCGCCAGCGCCGAGGAGCCCGAGGAGCAGAAGAUCACCAACAGCUGUGCCGUCAAGACCUUGGCCCAGGUCUUCAGCCUGUACAGGCAGGUGAAGAGCGCCAUUGCCCUUGCCAAGAAGAUACCCCAGACUGGCCCCAAUGCCAUCUCCUGUGUCACCAAUGCCACCAACAACCUGACCAGCUACUACACACAGUUCCCCGCCAACAUAAAGGCCUGCUCCAAGCUGACCAGCUCCUAGGCAGCCAGCAGUCUGGUCAUAACCAUUAACCAUGCCUUUUUUUCCACUUUAUACCCAUUAGAAGAGCAAAUAAAAAUGCAAAAGUCAA